CUGUCGAUAUGUCGAUCACCUCUAUAAAAAGAGGGAAAAUACGUGUCCUGCAAUGCAAUUUCAAAAUCAAUUUAAGUUUACGCGUUGAUCCCUCUUGACCCCUCGGCGCCGUGCAAAGGUUAACAUCAUUCUGUAUUGACAUCAAAGUGUAUUGAUCAGACAUUGCAAAAACGUCGCCGGUGCCACAACAUACAUAUGAUAUAUGUGUAUGCAUGUAUGUGUGUAUGACACUGAGGCAUAUAUGUAAAUAAGUAAAGAUACAGAUCGCAUCUCAACAUCUUUCCUGAAAAACCCUUGUGAUCACCCGUCGAUUGGUCUGCCUGACAUCAAAGUGUAUCCAUCAGUCAAGGCCAUAGUUUCAUUUAUCUCAGAGGACGCAGCGGCCACCAACCAUGGACGUGAUAAUCUGUCGCUCAUGUCUGGACACCUCGCCGGUCAUGGUCAAUAUAUUCGACAAAGCACCAGGACUGGAGAUCUCCAUCGCCGAAAUGAUAUCCCGAUGUACGCCUUAUAAGAUAUCCAGAGGGGAUGGCCACUACGAAAACAUCUGCGAGGACUGCCUAAAAUGUGCAAAAACUGCCUUUGAGAUACGGCAGACAUUGGAGAAGAGCUACCAGGUCUUUCGCCAGUUGAGGAAGGAUAAAGAGAAAUCGGACGACCCCAAGCCUUCUUCGGUGAAGAAAUCUUACAAGUGUAAGCAGUGCUCCAAGUCGUUCUCCAAGAAAAGCACCCUCAAGACACACAGCCUAACUCACACCGGAGAGCGAACGUACAAGUGCGAGCAGUGCUCAAAGAUGUUUUUCAAUGCAAGGGGACUCAGGGAACACACUCGAACUCACGCAGAAGAGCGACCCUAUGAGUGCUCCCACUGCUCCAAGUCAUUCCUGCAGAAAAGUCGUCUCAAUGUACACCUGCGGACCCACACUGGAGAGCGACCGCAUAAGUGUUCUCAGUGCUCAAAGUCAUUUUCCCAGAAGAAUCACCUCCAAGUUCACAUGUUAACCCACACGGGAGAGCGUCCGUUCAAGUGUUCGCACUGCUCCAAGACGUUUUCCCUUGACUGGAAUCUCCGAAAGCACAUCCUAACUCACGAUGGAGAGAUGUCUCGCACUCACAAGUGCACCCAGUGCCCCAAGUCGUUUAUCGAGAAAGUAAAUCUCCAGAGACACAUGCGAACACACACAGAAGAGCGGCCGUUUAAGUGCUCCCAUUGCUCGCAGUCCUUUUCUCAGAAAAGUAAUCUUCAGUCCCACAUCCGCAUCCACACGGGAGAACGACCGUUCAAGUGCUCCGAGUGCUCCAAGUCGUUUCUCCGGAAGGAGCAUCUGAUAUCACACGGCAGAACCCACAUGGAGGAGGGACCGCAUAAGUGCAAGCACUGCCUGAAGAGAUUCUUCAAGAAGGAUGAGCUCAAGGAGCACGGCCGAACGCACACCAAGGAGCGGCCGUUCAAGUGUUCACAGUGCUCGAUGACGUUUACCUAUAAGCCAAAUCUUCAGGCGCACAUCACAUACAUCCACAAGGGAGAGCGACCGCACAAGUGCGACCAGUGCUCAAAGGCGUUUCCCAAUAGAUUCACACUUCGGGGCCACAUGCGAACUCAUACUGGCGAGAAGCCCUACAAGUGCUCGCAGUGCCCGAAGGCGUUUGCCCAGAAGAGCACCCUCACGACCCACAACCGAACGCACACGGGAGAGCGACCAUUCAAGUGUUCCCACUGCUCGAAGACCUUUGCCCAAAAAGGUAAUCUUCAGGACCACAUGCGAGUACACGAAAAAGCGAAGGAAUAGGUAUUCCCAACAUCACAUGUAGGAGAACUCUUAAAAACAGUCUGACAUUUACAAGAACAAUGAAUAUUAGUAUAUAAUAUAUGUAUUUCAACUAAAACCUUUUUUAAUAUGUAAAUAUAAAUUUUAAAAUGUCUUAGAAUAAGAAUUUACCAAAGAUUACUAAAUACAUUUUAUUAUAGAAUUUAUAAUUUAAAUUAAGUACCCUAUUCGACACAGUCCAUUCGUGUAACAGUUGGGUAUUUUACUUUUUAUGUCCUUUUAACACUUUUUGUAAUUUCUAAAAUAUAUUCAAAGUAUUUUAUAUUUUCAUCGUUAACCACAUCAAG